AUGCGCUCCCAGUUGCUCGCUCGUCGCACGCGGUCACUGGUCAAGACCCCGCCCGUUCGCCACCGUGCCCUCCUCUCGUCUACUCACGCCCUCCGCUAUCCGCGCAAAGACCAUGCAGGCGCACCGUCGGCUACACCGCGCCUCACAAAACGCUCCUCGUCAUCCGUGACGCCCUCACCUGGGGACUCCGAGCCAUCUGCAGCCCCGCCAGUGCUAGCUAGCCCGUCGGAGCCGCCAAAUGACGAUGGACCUGGUGAGGAACCUGAGAAGCCGAGACGAAGGAGGUCUGUAGUGCCAAGUAGGGAGCCUGACCCUUCGCAUCCUCUCCCCAAUGGCUUGGAUAUUCUCUGGACUCCGGAAAACGACCCGACAUCGUCGCUUGCCACUCAGCACGCGCUGCCGCCCCCAGAGAUCUUCGAAGAGAUCUUGCAUAAUCUGCACAUCACGCUGCAUCCGCAGACUCAGCAUCGCGCAACGUAUCCUCCGCCUUCAAGUCCGCCUGAGGAGCCGAACCUCGCUCUGUACUGUCCUAUAGAGGGUGGCGAUGUCUACAUUGACGAGACGGUGCGUGAGAUGGCACGACGGACCGGGUCCGAGGUCGUCGUCCUCGACUCCGUCCAGCUUGCUGCUGGUCCAUGCGGAGAGUUCGGGAAGGCUGCUUCUGUACUGCAGCUACCAAAUAACCCGCUGCACUUCUCGCCUUCUACUCCGUCUGCUCGGCCAGCCCCUCGCGCACCGAGAGAAUGGGAGGAGGACGACUGGGAUGAAGGCUCUCCUUACAUGUCGAUGGGACCGCCUUCACGCAUGACGUUACAAGUACUCACCCCUACGGUUUCCAGGGCAGGUCGAUCAUUUUUCUCGCCUGCCCCGAGAGACAACGGGAUGUCGAAGCUCAAGACUUUCUUUGACGAUCUAAUCAACAUUGCUGUUGAAUCUAAUGCUGCUGAGGGCUCUUCGGCUUCGACCACACCCCCAAGAAGACCACGCAUCAUCUAUAUCCGCGAUUUUGCCACGCUUGCUCCCUCAUCUGCUUCAUGGUACCCUGCUUUGCUUGCUGCUGUCCGCCAACGACGUCAAGGCCCGAUCUCGCGACCAACAUCACCAGUGCUCAACCCUACUACCAUUGUAUUUGGCAUUACUCCGCCUAUAGCCGGAGCAUCCUCAAGUGUCUCUGGCUCUGGCCCUUCAAACCUCAUGAGCCUGCUCAUGUCACAGCGAUCAACGUCCUCCGCCGCCACGUCCGGCGACCGGAAGCCAAAGCUCGAGUUUGGGGAGGACGCUGCGAGCGAGAAGGCCCGGGAGCGGCGGACAACAGGCCGUAUGAAGCGGUGGGCGCGGAGUGGAGCCCAGGUGCAGGACAUCCCGCAGCUCGCCUCGCCAGAGGACAUGGAGGAGGCGAGCAACAAGGGCGGCAAGCCCGACAUCGUUGUGCUUGGUGGCCAAGAGGCUCUCGGGAACAUCCCCUCCAUGAUCGGCCCUGCGCUCUCUGCCGCCAUGUCUCGUGGGGGCGGACGACCCGGCGGGAACCCGUCGACGGGCGAGAUGAGCACGCAGUUUUAUCGCACAUCGCUUGUGCUUCCGAACGUGCGCACAGCGUCGCUUGAGAGGGAGACGCGGAUGGCGCGCCGGCGGGAGAUCAACGAGUUGACGAUGCGCAUGGGCGUCGCUGCCGUCGGAGGCGAGCUCGAGCCGCUCGAACGGCCUGCAGAGCCGACUGAGUCGUCAGAGCCUGUCGCAGAGGAGGCUGAAGAGGCCGGCGCGAGCAAGGACAACGUCGAGCAGCGCCUCUGGGGUGACUGGGGCAAGCACAUCAUACCCUGGUCGAUCGUUCGCCGCAUCGCAGACCGUGCCGUGGGGCGAGUGGUUGCUGAGCGGGCUGAGCAAGGCGUAGUGGUGCCCUCACUGGAGCCGACGCCAGUAUCGUGGUCUGCUGUCUACGACGCGUGGGUUCGGCACCAGACGGCAGAAGGUCUGUGGAAGACGUUACUCGCGCCUGCCCCAGGACGGACUCGCGAGCAGCGUGAUGACGAAGAGGGCGACGAAAAGGCUGCGGACGAGGAUGCUGAUGUGGACGAGGCUGUCGAACGCAUCAAACGCGACCCUGACCUUGACCCGCACGAAGCCAGGCUACUGGGCAGCAUCGUUGAUACCUCCUCCCUGACGACGACCUUUAGCCAAGUGCACCUACCAGAACAUACCGUUGACUCUGUACGGACUAUUGUCUCUCUGCCAUUGUUGCAUCCCGCGGCGUUCCAGCAUGGUUUGCUCAGAGAGCACAACAUGACGGGAUGCCUGCUCUUUGGACCCCCAGGGACUGGUAAGACCCUGGUCGUGCGAGCCCUCGCCAAGGAGGCUGGCUGCCGUAUGCUGGCAAUCAAGCCGUCGGACGUCAUGGAUAUGUACGUCGGCGAGGGUGAGAAGCUUGUGCGGGCCGUGUUCACGCUCGCGCGCAAGCUCUCGCCAUGCGUUGUGUUCAUUGACGAGCUGGAUGCCCUCUUCGGCGCCCGGAUAUCCCGCGAUACUGGCGGAGGCAUCGCUCACCGCGGAGUCAUCACCGAGUUCAUGCAGGAGAUGGACGGAUUGAAGUCGUCCAAGGACAACGUCAUCGUCAUCGGCGCGACCAAUCGGCCGUUCGACUUGGAUGACGCUGUCCUCCGACGCCUGCCGCGACGCCUGCUCGUUGACCUGCCCGGUGAGAAGGAGCGGGAAGAGAUCCUCAAGAUCCUCCUCCGUGACGAGACACUGGCGGAUGAUAGCUUCUCUGGCUCAGACUUGAAGCAUCUUUGCGUUUCUGCUGUAUUAGAUGCCGUCAAGGAGCGCGUCGAGGUGCCGUGGCGUUUAUCGCAGGCCACUGACACGAGGAGCACAACACCUACGCCGCCUGUGGAUGCUGCUCCUCAGCCUUCAUCCGAGACCGCUGCACCGGCGAGCACUCCGCCCCCCGUAGCGGUUGAAGAGGCGCAAGGUCAAAUCAUGUCCGAGACACAAGUGCUACCGUCUGAAGGCACUGAUAUUGCCUCCAAGACUGCGCCGCCAAGCGAAGUUGCCUCGGAAAUCGGCGGAGACGAGGGCGCGAAUAGCGCCGACAAAGCUGAAGAGCCGUCGGCCGAGACCGCAGCCUUGUACAGCCGGACCAUUCAUCUGCGCAACUUCGAGAAGGCUCUCAAGGAGAUCACCCCGUCCGCAUCCGAGUCGCUCGGCAGCCUUUCGGAACUGCGCAAGUGGAACGAGGAGUUCGGUGAGGGACGAAAACAGCGCAAGCAGGUCGUAUGGGGCAAGGGCAAGUUCGGAUUCACCAUCCAGCCCGUCGACGACUCCGGUGCAGGGCGCGUCAUGCCCAGCUCUACGGAUUCGCCGACAAUAUACGCAAUAUACGCAGGACUAUAA